AUGGCAACCAGUAAGGUGGUUAAAGUUCCUCCUUUGGCCGAGUCCAUUACAGAGGGAACACUUGCAAAAUGGAGUAAAAACGAAGAAGUUGCCACCAUCGAAACAGACAAGAUCGAUGCUCCUAUUAAUUCUCCACAUUCCGGUAAGAUAACUAAGUUGUUUGUGGAUGAGCAAGACAAUGUUACAGUUCAACAAGAUCUUUUUGAAAUUGAGUUGGGUGAUGCUCCUGCUGAAGCCAGCAAAGAUGAAGCUCCUAAAGAAGAAUCUCCUAAGGAAGAAGCUCCAAAACAGGAAUCAAAGGCCGAAUCAAAGGUCGAAUCCCCUAAAGAAGAAUCAAAGAAAGAGACUGCUCCGCCAUCACCACAACCAAAAACUGAACAAAAACCAUCUUCUGCAAAAUCUUCUUCUUCUGCAAAACCACCGCCUUCAACCCCACUUACAAUUUCUACCUCGAAAGUUACCAAACCAGAGGAUCACUAUAAGGAUCGUACGGAGAGUCAUGUAAAGAUGAAUAGAAUGCGUUUGAGAAUUGCUGAACGGUUGAAGGAGGCGCAAAAUACCGCAGCAUCUUUAACCACUUUUAAUGAAAUUGAUAUGAGUAAUAUCAUUGAUAUGCGUAAUACUUACAAAGAUGCGGUAAUGAAAAAGCAUAAUAUAAAACUUGGAUUCCUUCCUCCAUUUGUAAAGGCAUCUGUUGUAGCACUUCAAGAGAUUCCUUCCGUCAAUGCUUCUAUUGAUGGUGAUAGCAUUAUCUAUAGAGAUUAUGUUGAUGUUAGCGUUGCUGUAGCUACACCAAAAGGUCUUGUAACUCCAGUUGUUAGAAAUGCACAUUUGUUAUCUUUUAUUGAAAUUGAAAAGGCGAUUGCUGAAUUGGGUGUAAAGGCUAGAGAGGGAAAAAUUACUAUCGAAGAUAUGACAGGUGGAACAUUUACUAUAUCUAAUGGCGGUGUUUAUGGAUCGUUAUUUGGCACUCCAAUCAUCAAUCUUCCACAAAGUGCAAUUCUUGGUAUGCAUGUUACAAAAGAACGCCCUGUUGCUAUAAAUGGAAAGAUUGAGAUUCGUCCUAUGAUGUAUGUUGCCUUGACUUAUGAUCAUCGAUUGAUUGAUGGACGUGAGGCUGUUACAUUCUUGAAGACAAUUAAGGAACAAGUGGAAGAUCCUCGACGUUUAUUAUUGGAUGUUUAA